AUGUCACGACAAGGAUUACGUUCAUUCCUACGUGAAGUAUCGGCAAUAUCUGAAAGAUUAUCUCAGUUGAAAUUAUCAAACACUAUCGCAGAUAAUGAUAAAGCUCACGCAGUGGAAAUAGAAAUGUUAUCUGAACGUGUUCGUCAGCUUGUGUCCACUCUUACUCUCGAUAUGCUUGGAGCAGUUCUUCCCGAUCAUUUUG